AUGAGCGACAACCACGACCAUAGAUCUUAUCUGCCACCUUCCCCGCUGUCACAGCCGUUGACAGGAAAUGAUAGAGACUCCGAUACUCCAAAACCUGCUCUGGCUCCUGUGCAUCCCAAGCCCGUGCGAGAGCCUUAUUACAAACGGUUGAACACACCUCUUAAUACCAGACCUGCUUCCCCAUAUACCUUGAAUCCUCCUAUAGACUCGGAUGGUCUUUCGUGGCCUUCUCUUGGUGCAAGAGCGCGGAUCGAAUCCAACGAAAAGGAAGCCAAAGCUAGAGAGGACAGAAUAGCAGAGGCCGUCAAGACGAUUCUGACUGAACUAGGAGAGGACGUUAAUCGCGAGGGUCUGCUGGAGACUCCGCACCGGUAUGCAAGAGCCAUGCUUUUCUUCACCAAGGGCUACGAGGAAAACAUAAAGGAUGUGAUCAAACGUGCUGUUUUCGAGGAAGACCAUGAUGAAAUGGUAAUUGUUAAAGACAUCGAAAUAUACUCGCUUUGUGAACACCACCUAGUUCCGUUCUUCGGCAAAGUCCAUAUUGGAUACAUUCCCAACAAGAAGGUUCUGGGGCUGAGCAAGCUUGCAAGACUGGCUGAAAUGUACGCUAGACGAUUUCAGGUCCAGGAAAGACUUACUAAGCAAAUAGCUAUUGCUUUGAGCGAAAUUCUCCAGCCAAGGGGAGUUGCCGUGGUGAUAGAAGCUACUCAUAUGUGCAUGGUGAGCCGUGGAGUUCAGAAAAGUGGGGCCAUUACUUCCACCAGUUGCAUGUUGGGAUGUUUCCGUGCCCAACAGAAGACCAGAGACGAAUUUCUUACACUUUUGGGAAGAAGAUAA